CCUCUGUGGGGGCAGCAGCUGCCAUGUUCUCAUGUGUGAAGCCAUAUGAGGGCCAGGACUACUCGGCCCUGAAGCGGGCUUGUCUGCGCAAGAAGGUACUCUUUGAGGAUCCCACUUUCCCAGCCAGUGAUGACUCACUCUAUUACAAGAGCACUCCAGGACCCAUGGUCAGGUGGAAGCGACCCAAGGUGGAGGUCCUGCUCUCUUUCUGAGUCUCUGUUUCCCCAGGACAUCUGUGAGGACCCUCGGCUCUUCGUGGAUGGCAUUAGUUCCCAUGACCUGCACCAGGGCCAGGUGGGCAACUGCUGGUUUGUGGCAGCCUGCUCCUCCCUCGCCUCCCGGGAGUCGCUGUGGCAGAAGGUCAUCCCCGACUGGAAGGAGCAGGAGUGGGAUCCCGAGAAGCCCCACGCCUACGCUGGCAUCUUCCACUUCCACUUCUGGCGCUUCGGGGAGUGGGUGGAUGUGGUCAUCGAUGACCGGCUGCCCACGGUCAACAGCCAGCUCAUCUACUGCCACUCCAACUCCUGUAAUGAGUUCUGGUGUGCCCUGGUAGAGAAGGCCUACGCCAAACUGGCAGGCUGCUACCAGGCCCUGGAUGGUGGCAACACGGCAGAUGCACUGGUGGACUUCACAGGUGGUGUGUCUGAGCCCAUUGACCUGACAGAGGGUAACUUCGCCAGUGAUGAGGCCAAGCGGAACCAGUUGUUUGAGCGCGUACUGAAGGUGCACAGCCGUGGGGGCCUCAUCAGUGCCUCCAUCAAGGUGGUGACAGCAGCUGACAUGGAGGUGCGCCUGGCCUGCGGGCUGGUCAAAGGCCACGCCUACGCCAUCACAGACGUGCGCAAGGUGCGCCUGGGCCAUGGCUUGCUGGCCUUCUUCAAGUCAGAGAAAUUGGACAUGAUUCGCCUGCGCAACCCCUGGGGCGAGCGGGAGUGGAACGGGCCUUGGAGUGACACCUCAGAGGAGUGGCAGAAAGUGAGCAAGGGCGAGAGGGAGAAAAUGGGUGUGACCGUGCAGGAUGAUGGCGAGUUCUGGAUGACCUUCGAGGAUGUGUGCCGGUACUUCACCGACAUCAUCAAGUGCCGCCUAAUGAACACAUCCUACCUGAGCAUCCACAAGACCUGGGAGGAGGCCCGGCUGCAUGGUGCCUGGACCCGGCAUGAGGACCCACAGCACAACCGCAGCGGCGGCUGUAUCAACCACAAGGACACAUUCUUCCAGAACCCACAGUACAUCUUUGACGUGAAAAAGCCAGAGGAUGAAGUGCUCAUCUGUAUCCAGCAGCGGCCCCAGCAGUCUACUCGCCAGCAGGGCAAAGGCGAAAACCUGGCCAUUGGUUUUGACAUCUACAAGGUGGAGGAGAACCGGCAGUACCGCAUGCACCGCCUGCAGCCCCGUGCUGCCAGCUCCAUCUACAUCAACUCCCGCAGUGUCUUCCUGCGCACUGACCAGCCUCAGGGCCGCUAUGUCAUCAUUCCCACCACCUUUGAGCCCGGCUGCACAGGCGAAUUCCUGCUCCGAGUUUUCACGGAUGUGCCCUCCAGCUGCCGGGAGCUGCGCUUGGACGAACCCCCCCGAACUUGCUGGAGCUCGCUGUGUGGCUACCCCCAACUGGUGACCCAGGUGCAGGUCCUGGGGGCAGCUGGUCUCAAGGACUCCCCAACAGGGGCUAACUCCUAUGUAAUCAUCAAGUGUGAGGGAGACAGUGUCCGCUCGACUGUGCAGAAAGGCACCUCCGCGCCCGAGUAUGACCUGAAAGGCAUCUUCUACCGCAAGAAGCUGGGACAGCCCAUCACGGUCCAGAUCUGGAACUACCGGGUCCUAAAGGAUGAGUUCCUGGGCCAGGUGCACCUGCAGGCCAACCCCGACGACCUCCAGGCCCUGCACACCCUUCAUCUGCAGGCCAGAGGCCGCAGGCAGCUCAGCGACCUGCCGGGCACUGUGGCAGUGCAUGUUCUCAGCAGCUCCACCCUUACAGCUGUCUGAGGCCUCUUGCACAUCCCCACUGGCCAGGGGCAGCCUGUGGCCAGGCUGACGAAUCCUAUUCCCAACUCCUGCUGACUUGCUAUGUGACCUCGGUGGGCCUCUGCCCUUCUUGGGGCCCCAAGCAUUCCCUGCUGGAGGAGAAGCCUCCAUGCCUGAAGUUUAAUAGAGCUCUCCCCACCUGCCACCACCAUUGACAGAUACCUUCCCAAGGCCCUGCUAUCUGUUGGUGGCCUGCCAAGAAAAUGUCAUUUGUUUACAUAGGCCACUUGUCCCCCCAGCCCCCCCUCUACUGCACAACCUGGACUUUUCCUGGUAUUAUGCUACCUUAGGGGGCUGGUUUGAGGCCCAGGGCACCAAGUUCCCCAUCAGGCUUGCUAAGAGCUAGGGAAGGUCAUCACACACAUACACACAUACCCUUGCCCCCCCCCCCCCAAGUGCAGUUAAGGAGGCUCUGGCCCUUUCUUGCUGCCUGGACCAAAUGUCCUACCCAGUCCUCAGCAUUUCCUGGCCUUUCUGUUUUAAAAUGCACUUUGCAGCCAGGGCUUUGGAAAGGAAAGCUAAAAGCCUGAACCCCGUUUGCUUGCGAAGCACCUGCACUGUAGGCCUCUGGCUUGGUUCUGAUCUGUCUACAGAGGGGCCAAGGGAGCAAGCACUGUUGGGGAGCAGUCAGGCCUCUCUGAGGAGGUUUGGAAGUAGGCACCAAGGCUUCUUGGGGCCCUUCCCUGUCCAUCUCAAGCAGGUGACCCCAAGAAAACAGUUGGCUCAAGACUGGGAAUUCUGUUGAGAAACAUGGACUUGGACCCAUGUCCUGGCCAGAUCUGCUGGAUCAGGACCAUUGCUCACAGUUUCUGGGGCUGGACAGGCGCUGAAUGGCAGUGGGACUUGUGGAAAACUAACACCUGGGGGCAGCCUUCUGCAUGUGACCAAGAGUGAAGUCCCUUAAACCUCCUGUGCCUCUAUUUCUCCCUUCUGCAAAGAGGGGCAAAUGACUCCCCCUGUGCCCACCAGCUCACUCAUGCAAGUGCAGGGUAAGGGCAGACCUUGUGAUUACCUAGGUCUCCUACUGCAUGGUGCCCAAUCCCACCCCCUGCCCUUUGUCUGGGCCAGGCUGGCUCCUGGCUGUGUGGACAGCACUGCUGCCCUGGGAACUGGCAAGGUGAGGAUGGAGUCUUCAGGCUGGGGAUGGGGGACAGGUUGUGGAGAGGUGGUUGCAUUUGCUGGGUUUAUCCUUCAGCACAUGAGGACCUCACAGUCCCCAUCUGCAGAGGGGGGGUCUCCUGCCCCCCUCCCAAGGGGACUCACCACAGGGCUGUCUCAAUCUCAGAAUAAAUGUUGCUACAAUUCCUGAAA